UCUCACAGCUCCAUCCAACAACAACAGAGCAAAGCAGCAGAGGAGCAGAGAGGAGGCUGGAACCUGCGGAGCAUCAGCAGCAGACGAGGACGAACGACCCUUUGUACUUCACCAGUAGAUACGCAUCAGUUUGACAGGAAUAUACGUCACAUAUACUCAGGAAUUUAAAAUAAAACACACCACGUGAAGCACAAUGGGACCAUUCCAAGAGUUUGCUGUAAAGAAGUCAUCAGAGAAAGGGAGCCCCCGCAGUCGUAUCCCAAGAUUGGUCCUCCACCCCUUCCGGUUAAAGGAAAAAGGAUCUCCUCUGUCUGAUUCGCCAUUUUCAGAGGAAGAGGGGAAGGAGUGUGACCUGAGCUCAGACCAUUCUAAAAGAACCAUCAGUACCAACAGUUUCUACUCAGAUGACACCGGCUGCCCAACUAGUCAGUCCGCGUCCCCGUCCAAAACUCCAUCAGGCUCAGAGCGGAGUGCCCACGGGUGCCCACAGCCCACCCUCCCUGAGCGCAAGAACAAAGUGAAGCGGGUCAGAGUGAUGGCAGAGUGGAAAGGUGAAACACGCAGCACAACAAGGCACAAGAGGGAGCUGAGGCCACCUGUGAAAACCAGAGGUAGUGAGAUAGAUUUCAGCUCCUCCAGCAGCACAGGCAGCCCGAAGACCAGAGAGAGACUCUCUUCUGUCUCAGCUGUGAAGAAGGCGCCUGCACGAAGUCGUGGCCCCCAUAUCAGAGCCCUGCCAGUGUUUAAACCAGCGGGGAACUCCACAGUCAACCAUGAUCCAGAACUCUACACUUCCUACAAGACUCCUCCUAGAGCUGCCUCCUCCAUCACCACCACCACCACCAACAGCAGCAGCUGCCUCUCCAGCCCUACAUCCAGAACCAAAAUGAGCUGCUACCACUCGUGUGGCGACAACCAUGGCAUCAGACCUCCAAACCCAGAGCAGUACCUGACACCUCUGCAGCAGAAGGAAGUGACCAUCAGACACUUGAAGACCCAACUGUUGGAGUCUGAGAACAGAGCUCAUGACAGGGAGACAGAGAUUGCUGAGCUCAAGGCCCAGCUGGGCAGAAUGAGGGAAGACUGGAUUGAAGAGGAGUGUCACAGGGUGGAGGCUCAGCUAUCGCUCAAAGAGGCCCGUAAAGAGAUCAAACAGCUACGUCAGGUGGUGGAGACCAUGAAAAGCAGCUUGAUGGAGAAGGAUAAGGGCAUACAGAAGUACUUCAUUGAUAUCAACAUCCAAAACAGGAAGUUGGAGUCCCUGCUGCAUAGCAUGGAGCUCUGUCAGAGUGGUGCCAACCUGCAGGAAGAGAAUUCUUUGGAUUUCACUUGUGAGAGUCCAGAUGGUGGUGGGAAGAAGGUGGAAGGAGAGGAGGAGGAAGGUGGGAUGGGGUUAGGAGAUCAAGCUGCUGAGGCGAUGGCAGACAGUGGGCUUCUGUUAAACGAUGAGAUGGCGAACAGGGCAGACAUUUUGGAGCAGGUCUUCAUGUCCACAGCAGUGGACUUCAGUCAGGACUCGAUUGAAAAGCUAAGAGCUGAAGCAGACUGUGGACCCGGUGUGUCUACGCUGUCAGGACUAGAUCCAUCGAUUGAUAAACCCACACUGUCUCAGCCAAGUACAGUUCCCACCACCACCACCGCCUCUAUGAGCACACCCUCUCAGCAGAGUAUGGAAGACAAAGAAGUACAGACCGACACAGCGCCAAUGUCUCCAGAUGUGCAAUCACUGCUUUACCAUCUGUUAAAGAUUCAUGGGUCUGUGGAUGGAGGUUUUGGUCUAUCAAACUCCACUGGUCUUCUGGGUCUAUCAGAUCUGUCUACUAUCCCUGCUGAUCUCUAUGGUUCCCCUAAAAUUCCACUUACGGAAUCCAGCCUUGUUAACCCCAAGAUCCCAAACACCACUGACUCUGGCAUGUGCUCCUCUGAUCCUGCACAGAAUAAAAGGUUUAUGGAGGAACUGGACUUUGGUGUUGACAACAAGGAGCUCUGCCUAUCACCAGGGCUGGAUGUGGUUGGCAAACAGUACUGGAGCAACAGCUUCCUGGUUGAUCUGGUGGCUGUAGCGGCGCCCGUGCUCCCCACUGUUGCGUGGCUCUACUCCCGACACGGUGUGGACGGAAGCUCUCCAGUGUACAAUAUUUCUGCUCUGAUUAGGGGCUGCUGCAUCAUGGGAUUGCACUCUCUUCGUCACAUCACGCGCAGGCCAAAUGCGUAAUGGCUUCCCACCUGCAUGCGCACGCCUACCCUUCAAAGUAAAAGCACUUGAGCGUCUCUUUAGUGUUUGUGACUUUCCUUUGACACUUUAUGAUAUUAAUACAGUUAUUUUUGUUCCAACACUGUUAGUUUGCACUGUAGUUACCAUGAGAUGAGGUAAAAUGGUGACAUGGAGGGGGUUAUUUAUAAAUGGGGUUGUACAAUAAUUUCUAUCAUGUGUGUUGGCUAAUCAUCUGGGUAGAUGGUUAUCAACGUCUUGUGGUGUUUGUGGAUCUUUCCAUGUUAGGGUGAAAAAAAAAAAAAAAUUUUUGCAAGGUGGAAGAGUGAAUGUUGGUUUGUUUGAUGGGUUCAGUUCUUAGUUGUUUGAAAAACAGCCAAAGCAUCAAUAAUAGUUCACUUUUUUGGGAAGAGUUUUUUUUUUUUUUUUUUUUUUCCUGUUCAUUUUGUUCCUCUCUUGGUUCAAAGCUUUAGAUGUACUUCCUGUGUAUUGUUCAUAGAAAUAAGUCAACACUUUAAAGCAAGUGAUGCGUGUUCUGUGCCUGAGCUAUGUGCAAUACUAGUGGUUUACAUCAAAUGUCAUUGUGUGUAUCAGUAUAAUUAAAGCAUGAUGAUUCUGGCCACAUG